GCUAUGUGUUGAACUAAGCAGUAGCUGAACUGAUAUUUAUUAUUAAAUAGGUACAUAAUCAUGUAAUUUUAAAGUGCGCAGAUAGUUUUAAAAUAUCAGUUCAAAUUUUAACGCAGUGCGAUUCAAAUUUAAGGUUUCAAUUAUCCAUAAUUAUUAAUUCUACAAAAUGUUGUACUUAUUUAGAACCUAAUUCGCGCUUGUCUAGAAUAAAUCCAACGAGUGCAUUGGUAUUUUCAUUUGCAUGUUAAGUUUUUAAAAAAUGGCUCAAAUUUUUCGUAUCUACAAACUCGACGUACCUGUACUAAUUCGUUAUUAUGGGAAUUACAACCAUUCACAGAGGUCUAAAGGCAACUAUUAUGAUAUAUUGAACAUUUCACAAGACGCGACACAAAAGGAAAUCAAAGAUGCAUUUAUAAAAAUGUCAAAGAAAAUGCAUCCUGAUAGUGGUAAGGAUGGAAGUCACGCAGAUUUCGUGAGAAUUAAUGAAGCUUAUUCCACAUUGAGUAAACGGAACAAGAAAAGAGAUUAUGAUAUGAGUUUAAAGUAUAAUUAUACUUACACAGAGAGUCCCCCUUAUCCUGAUGGUCGAAGUCGGAAAGGACCAUAUAAAACGUAUACGGACUGGGGAUUCGUAGAUCCUAACGACUACAGACAACAUAAAUCUGCAGAUAUAAGACGAUCAGUUAUGGGAUCUAUAGCUUUGAUAAUAAUUGGAACAUUCAUUCAGUUAACGUUUAUUCAUAAUAUUAUGCACAGGAAUAGGCAUUCAAUGUUAGAAAAACAAGCGAGGUAUCAAGCAGAAUAUGAGAGAAUUAAAGAAGAAGCUAGACACAGAACAUUGCAUGAGCAAAUACAAAAUUUUAAUGACAAGUAUGAAAAUUUCCAAUUCAAAUGGAGUGACAAAUAAUUUAUCAUAAUAUGCUACAACAAUGGUAGUUAUUUUAAAUUAUUCUGCAUGCUGUGAUUACGUUUAACAUGUAAAUUUAAUUCCUGAAGACAUCUGUAUAUAUUGUACAAGAUUAUAAAUUCUGCGCACUUUAUUAUUAUUUUAAAUUAUAUUGUAAAUUUGUACAGCUGAAACACGUAUAGAGAAGCAAUUUUGAAAGUGUAUUUUGUUAGUCAAAUAAAUCAGAUUGAAACAUGA